AUGCCCUCCGCCCUCCAAGUAACCAGCGCCACCUGGGUCCUCGUCUCCCUAGGCCACACCCUCGGCGCAAAAGAAUGGCAGUCCUCCCCGCAAUUCCGCGCCCUGCCGAGCAACGCUGAUACCUGUGCCCGCGCGGGCUGGUACCAGGGGAGUGUAUUCUUCUUGGUCAACGCACUCCUGAACUACAACUGGGCUCAGGCGCCAGAGCAACUGCGGAACCCGGUCAAUAAGGCCAUUGCGGUGCUUAUGGUUGCUGUUAUGUGGGGGAGCUCGGGAUGGUAUUUUAAGCGUGGGGUUACGAGUAAUGGUGUUGCGGUUGCGGUUAUGGGUGCGUUGCAGGCUUAUUCUUCGUUGAGGGAGUAG